AUGGAAACUGAAGGGAAGGACAUAGUGAGGAUACCUCUGAGUGUAUGUAAUAUGAAAGAUAGGAUAUAUUGGAGUAAAUCUUGUACGGGUGAAUAUACAGUUAAGUCAGGUUAUAAGCUGGCAAAAAGCAUUAGGAAGGAAGUGGCUUAUGACAGGAGUAAUGCUGAGUCAAGCAGCAACAGGAAGUGUUCAGCUCAGAGCUGGAGCUUUCUGUGUUGUGGGGAGCAUCCAGAGACUGUUGAACAUCUGCUGUUUUUUUGUGACCAUGCGAAGGCUAUUUGGGAUGUGGCACCAGUAAGCUGGGAGGGUCUGGUGAAUCAUAGAGAUAAGUUCUGGCACUGGUGGGAGGAGUUGAAAGAUGCAGUGCAUAAGGAGAAGGGACAGGAGAGGAUUGCCUUGACAAUAAAUCUGUUAUGGCAGAUAUGGAAGUCUAGGAAUGCGAGGCAGUUUGAAGCUAAGGCUAGGGACCCUAUGACAGUUGUCCAGAAAGCUGUUGGGGAAUGGAGGGAGUAUCAGGAUGCUCAGCUGAAAGAGGGGGAACCAAUUAGAGGUAGUAGGGUGGGGAAGGAGGAGCAGAGUGAAUGGAAAGAACCAAGGGAGGCAUGGGUCAAGAUUAACUCUGAUGCAGCUGUUCAUCAGAACAAGGAUAGAGCUGGAUGGGGACUGGUUGCGAGGUCUUGGCAGAAGGAGUUGGUGGGAGCUUGGGCAGUGCCAGGCAUAAGCUGUUCAAAUCCAAAAAUGGAGGAGGCGUUGGCUCUAAGAGCAGCCAUGCUUGUGGCCAAACGUCAAGGGUGGAGAAGGGUAGAGUUUGAGACAGAUUGUAAGCAAGUUAUUGAUAGGAUAAAUAGUGGAGAAAAUGAUGUAGAUAUUGCAACUGUGCUAUCAGAUAUAGAAAAGCUGAAGUCCAGUUUUUAUGAAUGUUGCUUUUCCUUCACUAGAAGGAGAAGCAACUCUGUUAGUCAUCAGGUAGCUAAAUUUGCUACAAAUUUGAAGGAAACUGCUGAAUGGAAGUCAGACUUCCCAGUUUGGUUGCUUGAGUUGGUACAAGCAGAUUAUCUAGCACUGAUUGUGCUGAAAGAUGAAGACUUUAACAGAAUCCCUGAAAGAAUAGGAGAUAGAAGAGAAAAUCCAUAUCGGAAAAAUGCUGAUUUUGAUGAUCCAAAGUUGGUUCAGAGUUUGAAGUGCAUUUCAGCUUAUUAG